AGUCAACGCAGGGACUCAUAGCUUUGCGACACGUUACGCAACUCUGUAUUUUUGUUAUCUUGUCUGUGUCAAGAGUAUUGGCCUCACGGGCCCCUUAUGUCUGACGUUGAAGCUCAUCAGCUAGCACCCAGUGCAAAGGCGCAAGACGAAGUCGAAAAAGACCAUAUUCAAGAAACCUGUAAUACCCCUUCAAUAAUGGGAGGAGAACCAAGCACGAAAAAACUUUUGAUCUGUUCGGGAGGAAUUUUCUUCUGCUAUUUUUACUAUGGAAUUCUCCAAGAAAAAAUGUAAGUAGGCUUCAUUCGUUAAUUUUAAGAACAGUUCGAGCAAUUUGCAUAAUUAAAUAAAAGAAAAAUAACAAAAUUAAAUGGUAAGAGUAGUAGCCCUUAGCCUGAACAUAUUGAAACAAAUGAAAGUAUCUAAAAUAGCUAAAUGAAAUGGUUAUGCCGAAAAGCUUUUUUAAAGUUUAAAAAAAAACUUUAAUGUUUAUAAAUUAAGUCAAAUUAUAACAUUAACAUCUACUUAGAUUGCAGCUUAAUUAUCUUAAUAAAUAAAUAAAGAAUUAGUCUAGGUUGUGUUUAUUAUUAUUAAUUAUUAUUAUUAUAAAAAUAAAAUAUUCUGGCUUUUGACACUUAUGACUUAUGGACUUUAGUGAUGAUAAUGAUGCACCUGUACUGCGAAUAUGAACCUUUCCCAGCUCACCAGCCAGCCAAGGAGUAGUGUGUGUUGUGACCAUAUAAAAAUUUAGAACACCUGUAAUAGGCUAUAAAAUAUAAGUUAAUAACUUUUUAAUAGUUACCCCUUUGUCCGCUGAUUUUUGUCUGCACUUGAACAGACUUAAAGUCAUAUUUCCAAACAAAAGGCUUCAUAUUUUUAUUCUACAUCCAACUCAUAAAUAUGAAUGAUGAUGAAAAUACACAUCCAUAACUCUUUUUUUUUUUCCUCUGAAGAAAUAUUGUAUUUAUGUUUUACAUUUUUAUAUAACAAAUAAUCUCUUUGACCAAGAAGAACAUGUGAGGUUGUAAUUGUAAUAAUUAGCAGAAGGUUGAAUUUUUAGGGUGAGAAACCUCUUCAGUAUUUUGCUGAAAUAGCAAGUUUAGGGAAAAGUAGUAAAGACAUAUCAAAAACAAAAAUGGCAGAAAACCUUUUAAACAAAUAUAUGGACAAAACAAAGGAUGAAUAUGGAUGGAGAAUACGUACCAACCAGGAAUUGUCCAGUCUAUAUCAGUAUCCCAUGCUAGUAGCAGAAGUACUUUUAUAAUAUUAUAAUUUAAAUGUGUUUUUUUGUUUUUUUGUUGUCUUUCAAUAUAAAAAAAAAAGAUGACAAUGAUACUUGACUAUUAAUUUUUAAUUGUUGUUAUUGCAAGAAAUGUGUUUAUCUGUGAUGAUUUAAUAGGGACGUUUUUACCCAAAGAGGACCCCCCCCCCCCUUCCUCCUCAAGUGUCAUUUUGCAUUAUGUAGACCAAAAAACAAUGCUAAAAAAUAUAACAAUGACUGAUGCAAAUUGUAUAGCCUAGUUCUUAACCUGGUUGACCUAAUACUUAAUUUUUAAAAAUCUUAAUCUCUCAAAUAGUUUCAUAUCAAUCAACUUAUUUAAUUAAAUGAUUUAUUUUUGCUUGCAAUAGUUAAUUGUUACAUGGCAAUUUUUUUUACAGUAUUUAAUGGUUUCAUGCUUGUAUCAUAUUAUCAUAUUAUAACUUCUCUGGCAGCACUAAGGGAAAAUAUGGAGAGGGAGACAAACAAGAGAAAUUUCAUUUCACUCUUUCACUUGUAUUUGUACAAUGUGUCAUCAAUGCCAUUUAUGCUAAACUUGGUAAGCUUUAUGAGUUUUUCUCUCUCCCCAUCCUCUAUCUCUGUAUAUUUUAAUAUUACUUUUAAAAGUAUGUUUCCCCUUGAUUCUUGUCAUUAAAUGUUGCUAUAUGUAAUUAUCAUUUUGUUGAGUAUAAUGUUAUAAUAAUUGUCCCUUUAUUAUGAAGACAGUAUGCUAGCACAAAUGUGUAAUUUUAUAAAUAGAAUAAUAUCUUACAAUUUACAAAGCGUUUAAUUUAUUAAGUCCUUAAUAAAGAUGUUAAAUUCUAUAAUUUGUAAAAAAAAAAUAAUUACAAUUGAACAAUUAGAAUUCAUUUGAAAAGGUAGCUUUUAUUAAUCUUUAUUAUAACUUUUGUAUCUAUAUUCAGAUACCGGGUUUUGAAAUCAAACAGGUGUUACAACCAAGAUAAAAAUAAUGAAUUACCUUACUAAAUUUAAGAUAUUUUUCAUGGGUAGAAUUUAUUUAUUUCAGCUUUUAAUGUUUAUUUGAUUUUUAAAAAAUAUGAUUUUGUUUAUUUUCAUGACAGCAAUGCUUAUUUUUUCUGGCAAGGAGAAGGACACUACGCCCAGUUCAUUAUACGCUAUUUGUUCAUUAACAUAUCUAGGAGCUAUGUUGGCCAGUAAUCAUGCAUUGCUGCAUGUAACAUAUCCUACUCAGGUAAAUUGGAAAAGAAAGUUAUUUAAAAAUUAAAUUGGUGUGUAUGAUUGAGUAAUUAAUAAUGAUUAAGUUUUUUUGUAGUAUAUGUUGGUUUCAUAGCAUGUACUUUAGAACUUUGCUAUGAGACGUACAAAAACUUAUUAAAAGUUACUAUUUUAAAAUAUUUAAACCAUAAAACUGGUCUACGUGUGUACAUAUUGUGCUUAAUGAUAAAUCCCCUGUGAAGAUUAUUCUGAAUUUUAAUUUAAAAGUGAUGUGGAAUAUAUUAAAUUAUUGACCUUUGUUAAGUAUCCAAGUAACAUGUUGGAAAUCCUGCUGGUGUGUAGCCUGACAGAAAAUUCAAUAAUGAAAAAUGGUUUUUAACUAUAAUGGUUUUUGUAUUUUCAGAGUAGACUUUUUAUAUCCUUGGGUAAAGACUGCAUGAAAACAAUAAGCUUUAGAACAUUUAAAUUUCAAGUGCAAAUAUUUACUUAAUUAUAAAAUCAAUGUUUGUGUACAAUUGAUGAAAAAUUAUUUAGCUUCUUUUUUUAAAAAAUAAAUAAUAUAUUGUGGUUUGGGUAAAAAAAAGUAGAAUUAUUGGAUAAUAAUUAGAAUUUAUUAGUUUAAAACGAGUCUCUUCUAUAUUUUUUUUUAAUAACUUGGACUUUAUAAAUGUAAUGGGAUUAAUUGUAGUUUAACUAUCCUUUUAACUUUAUUGUGAUUGCAUAUUGAUAAUUUAAUUUGUCUACCUCCCCUUGGCUAUGCAUUUAUUCUAGAACUGAUCUUGUCACAUAAAAGUAACUGGUUGCAUGUAAAUAUGACUAAUUUCUAAGGUUUACAAAAAAUACGUCUUUCAUGUGUUUUUGUAUUUUUGUUAAAAGUGUUUUAUAAAGUCUUAUUUUAUAAUGGUCCAUUGAAUUGUUUCUCUGUGGUCCCUCCUGUUAUUGAUUUACCUGUGUCACACAACCCUUUCAUCCCCUAUCAGCUGAUUUAUACAAUAGUCCAUAUAUUAAUAACAUGUAACAGCUUGGUUUCUUUGAUACUACAGCUCAUGUCCCAGAUAUUAAAUCUCCAUUGUUUGACUUAAAAUGCCCCACUUCCUGCACACAUUAGAUUUCCAUUGACUGAUACUGCAGAUCCUGUCUCACUUUUCCAAGACGUUAAAUUUCCUUUGUUUGACUGAUACUGCAGCUCCUGUCCCACUUUUCCAAGACGUUAAAUUUCCUUUGUUUGACUGAUACUGCAGCGCCUGUCCCACCUCUCACAGACAUUAAAUUUCCAUUGUUUGGCUGAUACUGAUGCUCUUGACCCACAGGUCCCAGACUUUAAAAACCUUGGAAUUAUUUUGCUGUCAGUAAAUUCACCAGUGAUUUAUUUAAUAUUAAUGAUUAAAAGAUAAAAGUGUUGCAAUAAAAAUAAAAGUGAAGGCUUUUGUUUGUUUCUCCCUUUACCCCUUUUUAACAUACCGGUAUGAAAAACAGUGUUUGAUGAAAGGACAACAGUGAUAAAUUAAAGAAAUGCAAAUAUGCCUAUCACCUUGUCAAUAACUAUAUUCAACUGUCAAAAGUAGAGUGUCAUUAUAUACCCUGGUGUGUCGAGAAAGGUUCAUGGGAGCGCAAUAGUUUUUAAGAUCAUAAUAUAAGGAUAUUUUUUUUAAAAAAUGUUUUGGUCUUUUCAGUUUUAUUUAUGAAAUAUAGGAUUAUUCAAAAGUGACACUGCACCUUAUAUUCUACUUUAAUCCAUUAAUAAUAUAAUUCUUCUAAAAAAUCUAUUAAUAAUAGUUUGAUUUGACUCUGCUAAUGUGUGAAAUGGCCUAAUACUUGAAUAGUGUGUCUAAGAAUUUUAAUAAUUAGUUUUUGUGGGUCACAAAUAAAAAGCUGAAAAGUGUUAUUCUAAAAGUCUACAUGCAGCCUUAUAAGAGACUUUAGUGAGUAAAUCAAGUAGUUUUAAAAAUCACCAAACAAUUGUUUGCUUCUUAAAAAUCAGUUCUUAUUCCAUUUUAGUUGCUAAUGAAAAUGAAUUUUAAAAAGGCACUGUAACUGUAAGAAACCUUUUCCUAUUUCAUACCUAAUAUAUUUAGUCAAAAUGUUGGUCCCAUCUCUCAGGUUCUUGGCAAGUCUAUAAAACCCAUCCCAGUUAUGAUUCUUGGAGUAGUGUUUGCAAGAAAAAGAUAUCCUAUAGCCAAAUACCUAUGUGUGCUGCUCAUAGUCUCAGGCGUGGCCAUGUUUAUGUACAAGGAUAAACAUGCUGCUAAAAAGGAAGAAGAUCACCCACUCAUUGGCACUGGCGAGUUCUUACUUGUAAGUAGAUUUGUAGACCUCAAAAUGACCAAAUUUGAAAGACAGCAGCCAACUUUUUACGUUGUAAUAAAAUUUAGUUGUUAGCUCAAAAACAUCUGCAGGUGCAUUUGCCAACAAAUUUUGGAAUGUGAAGAGAAAAAAAAAGGUAAACUUUCAUUUGUGAAAUUUUUUAUUAUGCUCAAUGAACUCUUUUUGUAUCUCAUUUUUACAAAACUUCAAGAAUAGGGUGGGAACAGCUGAAAGCCAUGAUCUAUUUCAUUUAAUUUUUUUGUCCACAGCUUUUAUCUCUCACACUUGAUGGCUUAACAGGAGCUUCACAAGAUCGUAUGAAGUCUUUCCAUCAGACAAGUGCCAAUAAUAUGAUGUUAUUCAUCAAUGUAUUUUCUGUUAUAUGGUUAGCUAUUGGUAAGAAUAUAAUUGUUUUGUAUAUUCUAGAUUCAUUCUCCACCUCAAAUUUUCCAUCAUCCAUGUGUAUUGUUUGCCACACCCUGACAACUGAUUUUAUGACAAAAGCAAACUUAAAAGCUUCUCUGUUUAUAUGCAGUAGGGGGAAACAACCCCCCCCCCUCUCUUCUUAAUUGAAAUUACGCAGUCCAACUGACUCACAUUAGAAGAAAUGAUUCAUUUAAUAUAGAAAAUAUAAUUUUUUUGAGUUUUUUAUUUGAGCUCCCACAAGAAUCUAGUACUGGGACCAAAACUUUGUUUCAAACAACUUGUCUUUGAAAAACUUUUUUUGAAAACGUAGUAUUAAAUGUCUAGCCAAUAAUCUGUUUAUAUAAUUUAUAAUUGAUCUUGUUGUGUAAUAUUUCAUGUCUUUUGCUUCUUUCUUUUCAAACAGGUUUAGUAUUGACAGGAGAAGUGUUUGAAUUUCUGGGCUUUGCCAGUCGUUACCCAAUAGUUUUGUUUAAUAUGGUUAGCUUCAGCUUAGCCUCGGCAUUGGGACAGGUAAGUGUUAAACAUAAGUUAAACCUAGAUUUCUGUAACAAAUAUUUGUGAUUGUUUUGUAAUUUAAUAACUUUUACAUGAGAUUAAAACUGAUGUUUAUAUUUUUGUUAGAAAAGCUAAAUAACUUAAAAUUGGGUAGCUGAGAAACAGUAAGAUAAAAGUAGUUGUAACUUUUUUAUUUUAUAACGAAAGUCUUUGGUUUAGAAUUUUCAAGAAAAUGAACAUAAAUAGCUGUAUAUUGUUUUUAUCAAAUAUUUGAUGAAAGUUAGAGAGAUUCCUUAGCUAUAAGACCAGUAAGUUAAAUUAGUGCUUAAAGAAAUUUUUUUACAGAAAAACAAAAAAAAAUUAAAUUGGAACUAAUUUUACUUUGGAAGUUUAUUUUGAAAGGGGUUAUUUCAUAGAUCAUCAUGUAUUUAGAAAGAAUUACUUUUAUAUAUGUAUAGCAUUUCUUGUUAUUGCAAGUACAAAAGGGCAGUGAAACUUAUUGAACUAGAGCAACGAGUUUGAAUGAUUCAAUGCCAGUAAAACAUCCAGACCCCCUGGACAAAAUGGGAAAAAGGCGUCAACAUCACUUUGAUAGAAAGUCUUAACUUACAGCUUUUUUCCCCUCAAUGUUUAUUAAAAUUCACCAUUCAAAAUUAAUUAUUUUACAAACUAAUUAUGGGAUAGAAAUGAAAUUUUUGCACAUCUUAGAAAAUUUAUAUUAAAUAAGGAAGCCGUGAUGAACAUUACAAGUUAAUAAUUAAAGACAGUAAAAUUAGAAAUUUCCAGAACUUAAAAUCUCUGCUUAAGACUUUUAGUUGUUUUUCUGUUUGAAAACUUGAGACUCUUUAACUCUUUUAAAAAAAUCACAAAGUUAAAUAACGUAAUUUUAUGGAGAACAAAAAUGAGUGAAUAUUUAGUAAUUUUUCUAAUUAUUUUGUUUCAGAUGUUCAUUUUUAUAACAGUGACCAGUUUUGGCCCAUUGACAUGCUCGAUUGUUACCACAACACGGAAAUUUUUCACCAUUCUUGCCUCUGUCAUCAUUUUUCAAAAUCCCAUGUCACUUCAGCAGUGGGCUGGAACAUCUCUUGUUUUUGUUGGUCUUGGACUUGAUUCUGUUUAUGGCAAAGAAAGGAAAAAGACCAAAUGAAUGAAAGAAUAACUUAGAGCAACCUAAUUAAAUUUGAAAUGGUUGAUCACGUUGCUGAGAAUGAAGGAGAGCAGUUGUGAUAAUUUCAUUUUGAAUUUCCUGUUAUUCAGAAGUAUCAAGAUAUUAUGAGAACAUUACUGUAUUCAAUUUGAGUGUUAAUAACAUAAGGUAAAUGUGUAUUUUUAUUUUAAAUAUUGUCUCAAAAUGAUGUUUUAUUGAUAUGAUUCAAGCUAAUUUUUAUAUAAAAUUUAAAUUAAAGAACUAGUUAUGACUUACUAAAUGAAAGGGUAUUCAUCUGUGGAGUUAUAUUUAUUUCAUGAAAUUUUUUAUUCAAUCAGUCACCUUAUGCUUUAUCACCUAUUUAAACAUUCCUUAAAUAUUGCAACCGUACCAAUUUAUGUAUGCUUUUUUAGAAAUGUUAAAUUUUAAAAAAAACAAAUUUGGCUUAUUUUUAGUAACCGUGAACAAAGAUCUGUUGAAAUGUUCAAUGCUUCCUUUAUUUGUGAAUAAAUAUAAAAUGUUAAAACUUUAUCUAUUGCCAUGUUUUCAGAGUAACAUUUUUUAAUUAUGUUUUUUGUAAUUAAUAAUUUAUUGGGGUUUUCUGUGCUCCAGAAAAAUUAUUUUAAAAUCCUGUGUGGGGUUGAAAGUUUAAAACUUUUUUUUUUUUUAAAACACUGCUGGAACUUAAAGGAUAAUUAUAAUUUUGAUGAAAUUUUAAAAGUGAUAUCCCAUGUAUUAAUCAACUUUAACCUGAAUUGCUUUAUAACAUCACAAUCCUAUGUUACCCAGUUCAUUAGUCCCCUGUGUAGGGGAUGCAGGGGGGGGGGGGUUCUUUACAAACAUUUUAACAUGUAUUAAAAUAAUCACUUCAAAACUUUACUCAAAAUUCAAAACAUCAAAUAUAUUUAAAUAAUAUGUAAAAUAUUAAAUUACAUUUAACUUUGCUGUCGUGUGUAUUUUUUAUUUGACUGUGCAGGUUUGAUAAAUUUUUUGUGUUUAAGGAAUAAUUCUUUAAUUUCAGUACAACGUUGAGAAAUAUUUAAAAACUAGUGGAUAUACCCGGCGUAGCCUGGGAUUGCAUUAGGACCCCGAUCCUGGUGGGACCCCAAUCCCAUUUUUACUGUGAUCCCGGAGCAAUACUGUUUCCCAGUGGGAUUCCAUUUUCUUGUGGCUCCGGAUCCAGAUCCCAGUGGGAUCCCGAUUCUGUCAGUAUCUCGAUUCCGGUGGGAUCCUGAUCUUGGUGGAUCCCGAUGGGCUACUGAUCCUGUUAGGAUACCAUUCUCUAUGGGAUCCCGUUUCACAUAGGGACUCUCUUUUUCCAUUUGAUUCCAGUUCCCGAUAGGAUGCUAAUCCUGGUUUGGUCCUGUUACCCGAUGGAAUCGCGUUACCGAUGGGUUCCAGUAUACUAUAGGAUCUCGCUCCCCAUUAGGAUCUUAUUCCUCUAAAGGGAUCAUGCUCAGUGCUUUUUUGUUAGAAUAAGCUUUUAGAUCACGUUAUAUAACCCCUUAGAACAAUAUAGAACCUUCUGGAAGAUUCUAGAUUUAAUUUAAUAUGCUCCAUGAAACCUGUAAAAAAUUAUUUUUCCAAGUAAUUAUUUAUCAAAUACAAAAUAUUGUACAACUAAUUUGCAAUAUUAUAACUACCGGUAUAGUACAUUUAAAUUAAAAUAGGGAUAUGGGAGGGGGCUAUAAAAUCAUUCAAAAAAAUUAUAGAAUUAAAAUUUAUCCCGUUAAAAUCAACUUAAAAAUGCCAUAGAUAUGGCUUU